AAAUGUCAAAAAAACCAAUUUCUCUUAUUUCGUUCUACGUGUUGUAUACGUUUUUCAAGUAAUUUUCAAGCAAUUAAAGUGCGAAGAGUUUUUAAGCAAGGCAAAGAACUUUCAUUUCGUGCAUUCGUGUGUAAAUACAUUGGUCAAGCUUGCUUCACCUGGAAAAUGUGUUCACCAGAAGAUGACUUCUUUUAUGUGUUGGACAAAUCGCUGCGGAAUGAGUACUCGUCGCAAAAGUUGUCCAGCUUCAUAACCGAUUUGCUGGCAGCAAUAAACAAUCUCGAUGAUGAUCCCGAUGAAGAAUUCGGUUUUUAUGAUGAUGAAACCGAUUGUUGGAAUGGCUUCGACUCUUUUACGGCCCCCUCAUCGAAUGACUACAGUGAGACGCAUCAAAUAGAUUUCCGUACUGGCAACAUAAAGAAAAGAGUGGAUAUGCUCGACGAUGAGCCAUCACAAGAUCCAGUUAGUAACCGGGGAGCAAACAGCACAGUUGUGGACCUGUUCGACAACGAACAUAUGUGUAAGACAGAAACUAGAUCGCAUGAAAUGAACAUUGAAUAUGAUGAGGGCGAGGAGGCACCACCACCACAAUCUGUACCUGUGGCUGAUAUUGCAUUAAUUUUGGAAGAUGAGUCUCGCGAUAGCAGUAUUGACAUGUUCGCGGAAUUUGAAACUGACGUAGAGGUGAUGGACACCUCGGUUGGUUUAGAUGAUACAAACACCACUAAACAGAUUGCAGAUUGCCAAAAUAAAGAUGCUGAAGAUGCACAGUGUGUCAGGCAGGUGAAUCGGUGUAAUAAUGAACAGCACGGUGUUGAAUCUUUGACAACCCAAUCAGAAACAAUCGUUUCACACUCGUCAGCGUUACGCAAAAGCUUCACUUUGCCGCAUGAUCUUCAAGACGAACAACAUUCACCGAUGAAUGAACAUAUGGGGACGGAAGUUAAAACAACGCAAAAACUAUUAUCUCAGCCAAACAUUGAGUCUUCCGAUGGUGCAGAAGAUAAAAAUGUUGAAAACGAAGCUGGUCACAGUGUUGAUAUUCUGCUAGGUGUACCCAUUAACAUAAGUUACUACGAAGGGAAUGAAGGCGAAAAUACUGAAAUGCAAAUCUCACAAAUGACGAGUCAUAUGGUUCAUCGAACUCUCAGUGUCGCAACCAAUUUUCCUGAAAUCUUUUCUGCAAAAGAAAAUUUACCACAGCACGAUGACCGUGGAACUCUACAUUCGGUCGAUGAAAGGCCCGAUACAUCAAUGCGAACUUCUUGUCAAUCUUCACCAUUGCGAGGAUUUUCACCCGUUGCACCGUUGCUUCAACAAUCCUCUUACGCGUCAACGAAACUCGAUAGCGACUCGAACACAACACCAUGCGAGGAGUACGAAUUUUCUAAUAAUUUUGUGCCACGAUCACCACGAUCGUCACCAAUAUUUCUUGGAUUCUCAGACGAGGCUGCGUUGACUCAUACAUCUCAGCAUCACAACUCCAUGGCUGCAGCGAUUAGUCAAACAUCUGAACAUCACAACUUCAUACACACUUCAUCUCGUAGUGAAGGUGGACUGAAUUCGACUUUUUGCGAGGAGUAUGAAUCAGAGAGACUCUUUGCGGCAUAUUUGAAUGCGACACAAGGCGACCAGAUCAAUUUGGAAGAGGCGUACACGCAAUGUUUUUCGGAAAGUCAAAAUCCAGUGAGUCAGAGUGGAACCAGAGACCGUCGACAGUCAUUUAUUGAAGAGAUCGAAAAAUUGGUGCUGAAAAUUGGAAACGAUCUGACGAACGGCCGUAAGUUAGCUAUAGCUGUCCCGUAUAGAGUGUCGUGGAACAAUUGUUUCGUUAAUGAAGAGAGAUUAAUUUUGCGACCUUUGGGCAACGGUGGAACUCGUACCAUUGCCUCGAAACGAAGAAUUGCUAUGAUUGUAUCCGUUCUGUCAUUUGUCUAUAAAUUGUUGGUCAACAAUGAAACCUGUACGAGAAGGGAAAUAUAUUACAGCGAUCCUGAAUUCACCCACAGUCAAAUCCAAGUCGACACCGCAAUCAUGGAUAUUUGCUUCAUUUUAAAUGCUCCUCCAUGGGCCAUUGGCAUCCUAUCGUCAUCGAAAGGUCUUAUUGCCGGUUCAAUAAAACUAACUUUAAAAGACGACACCGUGCUCGAUGUGGGAAGCGUUGAUGGGGGCAUUUUGCUUCCACAGCAGACAAUGAGUAUCAAAAAGGUGGAAACAGCGGCUAGAUUCGUGCUUUUGGUUGAGAAGCACACGGUUUACGAGAAAUUACUUCUUGAAAAUGUUUUAGAUCGGCUAGGGCCAUGCAUACUCAUUACGGGAAAGGGAUACCCUGACAUCAACACACGAGUAAUAUUGAAGAAAAUUUGGGACGAUUGUAAAUGUCCGAUUUACGCUCUGGUGGAUGCCGAUCCUUAUGGAAUCGAAAUAAUGCUGACGUAUCGACACGGUUCACAGAAAAUGUCCCUCUUCAACGACAACCUUGCCAUACCUUCCAUACAAUGGAUUGGCGUAUUUCCCUCGGAAAUUAAGAAAUUUAAUUUGCUGUCCUUGCCAUUGACACCGCAAGAUAUUAACCGUUUGGACAGUUUGAUGAAGCGACCGUAUCUGAGUACGAAAAUUUACGAAGAAUUGUUGGUAUUGAAGAGAACGCAAAAGAAAUCAGAAGUUGAAGCCCUCUUGUCCAGUACAGUGGUUGACUGUAUGCAUUCGCAUUUGUUGCAUAAAAUUCACAUCGGUGGACUCAUUUGAAUUUCGAUGUAAAGGUACGUCAAAACCACUUUUAAUUGUAACAACCCAACUCUCAAACCAAAUUCAAUUGUCGGGAUUAUAUACCAUUAGAAGCAAAACACAAAAAUUGG